AUGAGUACCAAAACAUGUAAAGUGAAUCCCAACAUCAAAGUGUUUCAAUUGAAAUAACAAAUUGCUUAACUCACUGAUAUUCGUGAGGAAGAUCAGAUAUUGAUCUUAAAUGAAUAUACUCUUGAAGAUGAUAGACAUCUUUUCAGUUACAAUCCAGAAGAUUGCCAAUUCAUCUAUGUCAAUAGAGAGAAUAAAGUUGUUGAAGAAGAAGCUCCUGAAACAGAAGUAUUGGAAGUUUAGAAAGGUUACAAUCGUAUGAAGGGAUAUGAGAAAUUGGGAAUUGUGCAUGAAGAUUCAGAGGAAGAAGAUGAAAAUAAAAAGAAAUCUACAACUAUACAUAAAUCCUAAAUGGAUAUUGCUGCUGAAUUCAUUAAGGUAAUUAUUAUGUUUCAAUUUAUGUAUUAGCUAGUCAAAUGCAAUGAUAUCCCAGCAGUGAAAGCAAUGGUUAGCAAUCAUAAGAGUCCAUCUUUCGAUAUCAUUAACGAUAGAUAAUAUUGUGGAUUUAGUGGAUUCCAUUAUGCAAACCAAUUUGGCCAUGAAGAACUAGUAGUCUAUUUCAUUGAUGAAGGUGCCGAUAUUAAUUUCUGUACCAAAGAUAGACAAUCUCCUCUUCAAUUAGCUUUAAAAAAUUCAAAAAUUGAAUGUGCCAAAUUACUACUUAGUAAGUAAGUCUGCGAUGUGAAUUAUUGUUCAUAAGGCAAGAGUGCCUUACAAUUAGCAGUCUAAAAAGGAGAAUUGGACAUAGUAGAACUCAUUCUCAAACAUCCACAAUUUGAUGUUUAAGCCAUUGAUUUAAAUGAAAUUAAAGGAGAUCAAUAUGCUACUUAAUUAGUGACUUAUCAUUGCUAAUAGAAGUUAAAUAAGACAUAAGAAUUGGUUAAACCGAAGGCUCAGAAAGGAUAUAUUAAAAAAGUGAAUGUGAUGAAGUUCUUUCAUUAUAAACGUUACUUAACCUUAGACCCAGAAGCAGGUACACUUUGUAGAUAUAAAACUGAAAGGGAUUGUCCUCUAAAUCCAAUAGAAAUGAUUGCAUUGUCAAAUGUAGUUUCGGUAUGGAAUCCUAAGAGAGAGUGGUAUAUGAAAGGUGAUCACGAAUAUUUGAGUGUAAUUGAAACUGAAUAUCAUAUGAUAGGUUUAAUAUAAGAAGAGUGGAAUUUUGAUAUUGUAGUUUUGUUCAAAAAGUAAGAGUACAAUUUUGAGUUGGAAGAAGAGUAUUGAAGAUUCGAUUUUGUAUUAUAAAGAAACUGAAAGGAGGAUUGCAUAAUUAUCUGUAUAAGGAGAUAUAAUGGCAUUGAAUUAAUAUAUAGUGAGUGGUGGUGGUGGUUAAUUUAAUAUAAUAGCAGAUUCUAGAUGUUAAUCUUUAAAUGAUUAGGUUGCAUAAACUUUAUAGAAAGAAGCUUAAGAAGUUUAAGAAUAAUAAUAAAAAUAAUAAUAAGUUUAAUAAUAAGUUUAAUAAUAAUAAUAAUCUCCUAUUAAAACACUUUCACCAAUUGAUGAUAAUCAUAAUCAUGGAAAUAAUGAAUAGUACAAAAAAUAUUUAAUAAAUUAUACUAUUAUUAAACAGGUUGGAGAAGGAGCAUUUGGUAAAGUGUUUUUAGUUAAAUAUAAUCCUACUAAUUAAGUUUAUGCUAUGAAAUAAUUAAACAAAAGAAAAUUGCUAUUAAAGAAAUAAGUAAAAUUUGCUGUUACUGAAUGUGAAAUAUUAAAAUAAGUAGAUUCACCUUAUAUUGUUAAUUUAUUUCAAUCAUUUUAAACACUCAAUAAUCUAUAUUUAGUUAUGGAUUAUUGUGGGGGAGGUGAUUUAUCAUUUCAUCUAUAUAAACAUAAGACAUUCAAAGAAGCAAUAUGUAAGAUCAUUAUAAGGUAAUUAAUGAAAGCAGUAGAAUAUUUACAUAGUAAAGAUAUUCUAUAUAGAGAUUUAAAGCCUGAGAAUGUUCUUUUAGACAAUGAAAAUAAAAUUAAGUUAGUUGAUUUUGGACUUUCUAAAUAAAUUGAAAAUGGGAAAGCAAGAACUUUUUGUGGUUCUCCUGCUUAUCUUGCACCAGAAGUACUUUCAUAGAAAGGAGCUGUACAAGCAACAGAUGUUUAUGGAAUAGGAACAGUUUUAUAUGAGCUACUUGUUGGUGAACCUCCAUAUUUUAAUGAGGAUUUGGAUACUUUGUAUAAUAAUAUUAGGAAUGAUAAUCUUGAGAUUCCAUCUAGAUUAAGCAAAUCAUGUUAAUCUUUAUUGUAGAGUUUGUUAUAGAAAGAGGCAAAUAAGAGGAUUGGAUGCAAAAUUCCAUCUCAGGUUAAUUGGAGUAUCAUAAAAUAACAUGAAUGGUUGGAUUGGAAUAAUCCAGAGGAGAAAGUUAAUUUUGGAUAAACAUAAGAGAAUUUGGUUAAUGUUAUGAAGAAUUCUACUCAUGUAAAUAAUAUUUAAAUAUAUAUAUAUAGAAUAUGGGAGACAGUGAUUAUAGUGAGGAAAAUUAUAAAUUAAAUAGAAUAGUUGGAUGGACUUUUGCUAGAGUUAUUUGA